AUGGAGUUCGACAAGAAACACUCGCUUUCACUCAAGCAGAAGAUCAAGCUCUUCGUCUGCGCCACCUGCUGCGACGCCGAAGAAGACGACAUCGCCGUCCAGAAGAGUCUACAACAUUCCGAGAAGAAGCCGAAUACAUUGUCUUCUUGGUUGAAAUCUGAGCUUCCUGUAAUCAAAGAGGUUUGUUCUCAUGUGUUUUCUGGGAAAAAUCGCCGCUCUAAUUCGACUGAGUUCAGGUAUGAUCCGUUGAGUUACGCGCUUAAUUUUGAAGAUGAUGAUUCGCACCUCGAUGAGUUUCCUCUUCGUGAUUUUUGCUCUAGGCUUCCUCCUUCCCCUGUUAAAGCAAACAAAAACGCCGUCGCUUCUACGAACACUGUCAAUUGGAGUUGA